AUGAAAUGGUUGCCGGAUGCGCUGAGAACUCACGCCUCAUUGACACCGCAAUCGUCUCAAUCAAGCUUUGAUCUCAAAAAGGAGGCCUCUCCUAAACCCGAGCCUCUCUCCACCCAUCAACAACUCCGGAAAUCGCUUCGACGCCUCGCCUUCGGAGCCAAGAAAACCACGCACAUUAAACCGGAGAAAAUGAAACAACAAACGAUAAACGCGGUGCAAAUGUUGGCACAAAUCUCGACGCAUUUCCUUCAAAAGUUA